AAACAAGGUGGGACGUUCGUGUAUCGCGUUACGAUGGGGUUUAUGCGUUUCUUGUCAGUCUUCGUGGUCCUACUUCUUUUGUAUGAUGAAAUACUUGCUAAAUCAAGAUCAAAGGGAUUUGGACGCUCGAAAACACUUUCAAUUUCAAAACCAAAACAUCGUUAUUCAGGAAGAUCAAGCUUUUAUUCUCGUCGAAGUGGACUAUCAAAUUCUCGUAAAAAAGCAUUAUUCUUUACAGCUGGUGCUCUGGCUGGUAUUUAUAUUGGUUCACGAAUGAGAUCACAUGUGCACCUAAGAUCAUAUAAUGAUUUAUAUAAUUAUGAGGUUUGUGAAGGCCAACGCACCGAGUUCAUCAAUAGUACAGGGAUGACACGUACUUAUUCAUAUUUCCUAUGUCCUGAUAAUCCAAAUCAACCAUUCGAAAAAUAUUGUUGCUGGGAUUCAACAACUGGUAUGGGUGCAUGUUGUUCGUAUGAUGUAAAAAUGUAUUCACAUUCUGGCAGGACUUUAUCAAAGCUAUGGUUGAUUCGCUCCAUUGUUAUUCUUGUAAUUUCUAUUAAACAAUGUAUAUGUUGACGUUAUAAUUAUUCUUAACUUAUCAACAUAUUUAAUAUAUUCUGAUCUUAUUAGCGAUGUAAAUCAACUAUUACUAAUCAUUCAGUUUAACUGUUAUUCUGAGUUAUUUUUACAAGAAACAUACUGGUGUUAUGUAAUUAUUGUGUUUGAUUUUUCUUAAAAUUUAAUUCUUUUGUCUUCUUAAUGUUUAGUUGUAAAACGUCUUUCCCAAAAAGAAGUGGUCAUAUAUAAACUAUUGUUUGUAACAAAAUAUAGUAUGUUUGUAUUCACGAGCUCAAUAGAUAAAUACAAAUUUGAAUCAGGUCCUUAAAUUAAUUCUUAGUUAAGUGUUUCCUUCAAUUUCUUCAUAACAAAUGAUUUCCGGGCAUCUAUUGUUUAUUUGGUUAUGUUGUUUUCUCUCCAAUAAUUAGAUGUGUUUCUUUCGACAUAAAAAGAGUUGUUUAUGUGUCUCACAUCGUUUAACUAAUCAAUUAACUUUUAAACUGCGUCUUCAUUUUCGUUGUAUUCAUUGUUAUAAUUCAAAGUCAUGCAUGCUUUGUUAUGAAUCGAAUUUUUAAACAAACAUUUCUCACACCAUCUCUCAGUUUAUACUACAUCCGUAUGUUGUGAUUUAAUUUUUGCAUUUUAGAGGAGCUGUCGUUGGUACACUACUUGGAACUAUGUUAUUGAUCAUAAUACUUGGCUCGAUUAUAUAUUGCUGUUUUCGUCGUAAACGUCAAAGAGAGAGAGAAUCACUGAAUGUUCCAAGUGCACAGCUUACAUCACCUCUUGAUCCAGUGUACAAACCGGUAAGCAAAUCCAGAAGUUUGUCCGAGUCUAGUGACACUUCGACUGUAGAGAAUCAGCCAUUGAAUUCUGGGGUAAGGUGUUAUUAGUAUUUGUGACGUAAGAGAUUUAAGCAUAUGGUGUGCUGUGUGUGUGUGUGUGUGUGGUUAUACGCACAAAGUACUCCUUGGCUAACAGUUGUCUUUUUAAAAAUUUGAGCUUUCUGUUGACACCUUUCCUAUUUUUGUUUAGUUUACUACUUUAGUCGACUAUAUUUUAUUUUAAUCGAUUUUUAUUUAUAUUCGUUGACUUAGGAAACUUACUAGAAAUAUAACUUAUAAUUUCAGAAUAUCCGAUAAAAAUCAUAAAUAAAAUGUUCUUUAUCUUGUCAGUUAUUUUGUGUUGUCCAGCACUCCACAACGAUCUAACUGCUAGACAUUCGACCUCAACUUUUCAUCUAAGAUAGGCAGUGAUCAACGUAAAGCUAGUAGUAUCUAAUCUUGAUGUUCGAUUCUUUAAUGAGUGAUUUAGUUUUCUCUUAUAAACUAGUUACGUUACUUGUCAGAUUUGCUACAAUGUCCUUUUGAUUAAUUCCAAACGAAUUGAUCUUAUUGGACGAGGUUUUCAAACAAACUAAAUAAAAUAUCAAACUAUUCUUCAUCUAAGAAGUAAGUGCCGUAUGCACUGAAUGGAGUAAUAAUAAUAAACUUUUUAAGGGCUAUUGAGCAGCAGAUUGAAAUCACACUUUUUCAGUUUCUGUUUAUACAAUAAAUUACUCAUAAAUUUUAAGCACAAUCCGAUUAGUUGUACUGUAGUAUUCAUUUCCUAUAAUAGCUAAGAGUGAAUUUCAUUUAGAUUUAAUUGUUUUCUGAGGUGUUCUUUGUUGUUGCUAUUUUUAUAUUCCAUUUUCUGUAAUAUCUAUCUACUGUUAAUACUUCCUUCACAUCAGUUAACCACUACAACGAUCUUUCUUAUGUCAAAUAUGGGUGAUUUAAACUUUAAACUUUAGAUUUUGUAACACAUCAAAAAAUUGUCGCAAUGAUCUAUGUAGAUUCUUAUGUGUUAACUUGGUAUUUCUAGUAAAAUAUAGUGGACGUCUCUUUAUAUACUUUAUUGAAGAGCUACUUUACUUUAAUUUAUUAGAAUCAAUAUCCUGUAGUCAAUCCGAUCUCAUCUGUUCCUCCUGGUUAUCCUGUUUAUCCAUAUCCUCCGAACGAACAAUACGUUGGUUAUCUACAGAAUGUUGAUGUCCCUUUUACACCUGUUCCACCAGCAAUUCCAACAAACAUGACCGGAGAAAUUGGAUCUAGUUGGGGAGUAAAUACUAAUGUACCCUAUCCAACCACUCGACCAGAUUUCCCACCCCCUCCCUAUCCAGGUGCUCCAAUUUCAAAUGCUGAAGGAGUUCUACCUAGCGCUCCAAGUUCAACAUGGAUAACAAAGAGUUGAAUUAUUUUCUAAAUUCCUAACAUUGAAAAGUAUUAUUAUCGAUAACACAUAAAAGAUGAGAAGAUUCACUCCUACUACUAUUAUUAUUAUUACUAGUAUGGAUGAUAUUCAAAAAUCUUUGUCUAUCGAUUAAUUAUUAUAUACAUAUAUUUCUUCUUGUUAAUUAUGUUUAUUUGUCAAGUUUUACCAUGUUUGAAGUUGUCUUGUUUCACAUAGUAUUGUUUGUUUGUUUUUUAAUUCCAUUUUUUUGUUGUUGAUGAAUUCUUUCUAGUUGCUAUCGUUUGCAUUUUAAGCAUAUUUAUUUUGUGUAUGAUUUAUUUAUCUUACUUUUUUUUGUUGUGUUUUUUUUUAUACAAUACAUUAUUAUUUUCUUUAUUCUCAUUAUAUAUUUAUAUCCGUAUAGUUUUCCAAAUGUGUUCUAUCUAAUUCAUUCAGCAGUUAUUUUCUUUUUCUUCUCUAUUAUGAUAAGAUUUAAUAAUUAGUUGGUUAAUGAAAAAUAUGCUAACAAUUUCUUUCCCUCUUUCUGCUUUUUGUUAUGUUUAUAAAUAGUUCAAUAAAUUAGAAAUUAAUUCAUAUUGAUACUAUGUAUUUAAGCCUACUAAUAUAAUAUCUGAAAUAAUAUUGUUGGACAAUCAAUGAUUAUUAUUAUUAUUAUUAUUCAAUGGUUUUUAUUUUGCCUUUCUUUUUUUUCUUUUUUUUCUAUAAAUAUAAACUUGUUAUUUGUUGAAUUAUUGAAUAAUCAAUUUGUCACUAAUACGUUCAAAUAUUGUUUAUUGCGAUUUCUCUUUCUUUCCAUUUUCUUUUUUUUGCUUUUAUAAUUUCUUCAAAUAUUCAUUUAUAUUACAUAACUUUUAUUGUUAUUCUAUCAGUUGAAGUAUUACUAUAUUAUUUAUUACUUAAUUAAACUUUAUUAUAUUUUUAUUCAGUGAGUUAUGUUUGGUUGUUCACUUAUUUUCUAUUCAACAAAUGAAGAGAUUUAUGUUGAACAACUCAGAAAGAAAGAAAAAAAGUCCUCGCACAAUUAUUAAAAGCUUAUAAUCAGUUAUUCAUUAUUUUUUUUUAAUUUGUACUUUUUGCUUUAUUAAAUAAUAUUUUACAAAAAGAAUCAUUUUUUCAAUUGUUUAUUCCAAUAUUUAAGUGGGUUGGUUACAUUGUAUAUUUGCAAGUUUCCAUGAAUCAGGAAAUUUAUGGUCUUUCUACAAACAUCUCAGUUCAUUGAUUAUCAACGUUAUUUUUGUAAUUUAUCUUGUGUCUUAAACUUUUCAUCCUUGAUAUGUGUCCGUCAUCACAUCAUAUUCAUUACUGCAGAAAUAAUCCAUACAUAAUAUCGGAAUAUAAAAUUAGGCUUUU